AUGGAGAGCUGUCUUACAUGUAUUUUUCUAUUCGCAUUGGUAUCAAUCAUUACAGCCGACAAUGUGAGGUUGGUUGGUGGUAGCAAUGACUGUAAUGGCAGAGUGGAAGUUCUUCAUGAUGGUUUAUGGGGAACAGUAUGUGACGAUAACUGGGGUAUGACAAAUGCUAAAGUUGUGUGUAGAGAGCUGAACUGUGGAGAAUCAGCACGUGCAGUUCAUCUUGCUCAUUUUGGACAAGGAACAGAUCAAAUCUGGUUGGAUGAAGUUAAUUGUAAUGGAUUAGAGUCCACGCUGAAGGACUGUGGAAACGAGGGAUGGGGUAAACAUGACUGUAAACAUGAUGAAGAUGCUGGAGUCAUCUGUUUAGACUCAGAACAAGGACUUCGACUUGUGAAUGGAUCCCACCUGUGCUCUGGUAGAGUGGAGAUGCUUCAUACACAGGGUUGGGGCACAGUGUGUGAUGCUGCCUUUGACCAGCAGGAUGCAGAGGUUGUGUGUAGACAGCUGGGCUGUGGGGUUCCUGCAAAGGUGAUUGGAGCAGCUGCUUUUGGCCAAAGGAAUGGACCUAUUUAUUCAGAGGAUAUUGACUGUAGUGGCAACGAAUCUCAGAUUCACCUCUGUCCACAACAAUCUUCACACAAACACUGUUACCAUGAAAAUGAUUUAGAAAUAAGCUCAGUUUUAUGUCCAGGUUACACAGCACUCAGACUGGUGAAUGGUUCAGACUCUUGUUCUGGUCGAGUGGAGCUUCAGCAUCUCAGCAAGUGGCACACAGCGAGUCAUGCAGGCUGGGACAUGAGAGCUUCAAGUGUCCUCUGUAGACAGCUGAAUUGUGGGAUUGCUGUGUCUGUUGUGGGAUCAGACUGGUUUGGAGAGGGAAGUGGUGAAAUCUGGGCUGAUGUGUUUGAUUGUCAGGGGAAUGAAACACAACUCUCACAAUGUCCCAUCUCUUCAUGGAGUCGAGCUGAAUAUUCUCACAGACAAGAUGUUGGAGUCAUCUGCUCCAAUUCAUCUCUGGCUCUUCAUGAUGGGCGAGUGCGGUUGUCUGGAGAGAGAGAGUGUGAGGGGGAAGUGGAAGUUUACAUUAAUCAGGUCUGGAGAAGAGUUCUGCUGGAUUCCUGGAGUCUCACUGAAUCCUCUGUGGUCUGCAGACAGCUGGGCUGUGGCUCUGCGCUGAACUUCUACAGCUCCUCUUCAUCCAGUCCUGAACACAGUCAUGAGUGUGUGAUGGGCUUCCAGUGUUCUGGGAGUGAAGCUCAUCUGGGGAACUGUAGCUCUCCACAAACUCUCAACUGCAGCUCCACACAACAGCUGUCAAUCACCUGCCUUGGUCCUGAGUCCAUCAGGCUGGUGGGUUCUGGAGGAGAUUGUGCAGGAAGGCUGGAGGUUUUUCACAAUGGCUCAUGGGGGACAGUGUGUGAUGACUCCUGGGAUAUUAAAGAUGCCCAUGUGGUGUGCAGACAGCUGCAGUGUGGAGUGGCCCUCAGUAACCAGCUGGUACCAGCCUGGUUUGGUCCUGGUUCUGGACCCAUAUGGCUGGAUGAGGUGAACUGUGAGGGGAAUGAGUCAUCCCUGUGGAACUGCUUGUCUCAGCUCUGGGGAAAACAUGACUGUCAACACAAGGAGGAUGUAGGAGUCGUGUGCUCAGAGUUUAGAGAGAUCAGAUUAACUGAGGGCUGUGAAGGGAAUGUGGAGGUUUUCUACAAUGGAUCGUGGGGUAAUGUAUGCUGGAACCAGAUGGACAGAGACACAGCGAGUCUGAUCUGUCAAGAGCUGAACUGUGGAAGAUCUGGUGUUGAGUCUGAUUCGUCAUCAAGAAUAAAAUCCGCUUAUAACUGGCUAGAUAAAGUGACAUGUCGACCACAUGACACAAAUCUGUGGCAGUGUCCAUCAUCACCCUGGGGACAGAAUGAGUGUUAUGAAGAUGAAGUGGCCCAAAUCACCUGCUCAGAGAAGGAGAGUUUGGAGUCUCCUCGCAGUCAUCUUCCAUGUUCCACCUCACGAUUGUCUCUUCAUAGACAGUGUUCAAAGCAUGUUCCUCUGAGACUGAGUGGAGGGAAGGGCCGGUGCUCUGGGAGGCUGGAGGUGUAUCAUAACGCUGUGUGGGGUUCAGUUUGUGAUGAUCAGUGGGAUAUCAGGGAUGCUCAGGUGGUCUGCAGGCAGCUGGGUUGUGGAGCAGCACUGAGUGCUGAUGGGAAUGCAGCCUUUGGUGCUGGUGAAGGUGUUGUGUGGCUGAACAGAGUCGAGUGCAGAGGGAAUGAGAUUCACCUGUGGGACUGUCCUCUCUCCCUAAAUAACCACACUGACUGCUCACACAAAGAAGACGCUGGACUCACCUGUGCAGAUUUGUCUUUGUCCACGACUCCUGCCACAGCAACAUCAGCUUUUCCUCCAGUUUCACAGACAGAAAGGGGACCAGUGCGAUCAACAUCAAUCCCUCCUCCACAAACUCCUCAAUCAGAUCCUCUCUCCAUCCCUCCAGUGGUUGUGUUUGUUCUGGUAUCUGUGCUCUUACUGAUCUUACUGCCACUCAUUGUACUGAUUCAGCAGAACAGAGUGAUGAGAAGAGCUCUCUCUAAGAGGAGACACAGGACUCUUUCUGAAACAGUUUAUGAGGAGAUCGAUCACAGGCACACAAACAGACACAGUCACUUCACUCAGAGGGGAAGUCUCAUCUCUGAAGAACAGCAUUCUGGGUAUGAAGAUGCUGAAAAUUUCUCAGAAAAAGAGUUCAAGUCUGAAUAUUAUGAUGAUGUCAUCAACGGCAGUGGCGUAAUAGAAGAGAUGGUGAAAAAAGACAGACUGGAAUAUUAUGAUGAUGUCAUCACUGUUGGAGUGAAGCCAGACUUGAAGACACCAGUUAACUAUGAUGAUGUCAUUAUUAAUGGGCACAGCUCACAAGUUGUACACAAGGAGGGAGUUCAGGAGUAUGAUGAUGUGAAGAGUGUAAGUGAAGAUGUGAGAGAUCUGUUAGGAGAUUGUGCGGUGAGACUGGAGGUUUUUCACAAUGGCUCAUGGGCAGUGUGUGAUGACUCCUGGGAUAUUAAAGAUGCCCAUGUGGUGUGCAGACAGCUGCAGUGUGAAGUGACCCUCAGUAACCAGCAGGUCUGGGGAAAACAUGACUGUCAACACAUGGAGGAUGUAGGAGUCGUGUGCUCAGAGGAGACUCAUAAGGCCUCUCAGAGUCAUCAGACAUGUUCUACCUCACCAUCUCCUCACCAGAAACAGUAUCCAAAGCAUGUUCCUCUGAGACUGAGUGGAGGGAAGGGCCGGUGCUCUGGGAGGCUGGAGGUGUAUCAUAACGCUGUGUGGGGUUCAGUUUGUGAUGAUCAGUGGGAUAUCAGGGAUGCUCAGGUGGUCUGCAGGCAGUUGGGUUGUGGAGCAGCACUGAGUGCUGAUGGGAAUGCAGCCUUUGGUGCUGGUGAAGGUGUUGUGUGGCUGAACAGAGUCGAGUGCAGAGGGAAUGAGAUUCACUUGUGGGACUGUCCUCCCUAA